AUGACACCACAAGCAUCCACUUCCACCCAAUCCCCAUCAGAGAGACUCAAAGCGGCGCUGGCUGAACAGGAAAAGGCGGCCAACAUCGCCUCGACGGCCACCGGUGUCAUCGUUUCUUUGUGUUUUUUCGUUCUCCCACUCGUUUGGUCGAAUGUUUUCCGAAUUCUUCCGAUUGUCAUCCAAUCUCCCUCAUCAAAUGCCCAAUCCGAUCCAUGGAGUGAAUUCAAAGAUUUG